AUGGUGUGGCUCGGUGUUGCCGGUUGCGUCCACGGACGACUGGACUUUCUCUACGAGCAGUUUAUCGAAGAAACGCACACACGGGGCAUCCAAUGUAAGCUCCUUUUAUGCUGCGGAGACUUUCAAAGCAUCCGCGAUGAGGAGGACCUCAAAAGCAUGUCAUGUCCGCGUCAGUAUCGGGAACUUGGGGACUUUCCCAAAUACUACUCCGGCGAGAAGACCGCGCCCUGCCUUACCAUAUUCAUUGGCGGGAAUCACGAGGCCUCGCGUUAUCUGCAGGAGAUCCCGCUCGGAGGCUGGGUUGCACCGCGAAUCUUCUACCUCGGUCGAGCGGGGAUCCUGCGCAAUGCCCGUCAUGACUAUCGAAUUGGCGGUAUCAGCGGCAUUUACUACCCGAAAGAUUAUUUUCGACCGCGUGAUGAAGGCGUCCUUCUCCAUGGUUCACAGAUUCACACUGUGUAUCACACGCGCAAGACCGAAUGGCGUCUGCUUUUGCAUGCACUCCACUGGAACGCGUUCUAUGGUGGUUCGUUUUCUCCGGAGACCGACAUCGCUUCUCGGGACCGGUGCCAUGUCUUCCUAUCUCAUGAUUGGCCGCGUGGUGUCAUGGCGUACGGUGACUGCUCCACGCUGUGGACGCGCAAGCAGUGGAUGCAACGGGCACACCAGCGCGGUAUAGACGGGUCGCCGGCCCUCGCGGAACUCAUGGAGAGCAGCGCCGCUCCCCGGUACUGGUUUGCGGCGCACCAUCACUGCCGGUUUGCGGCAUCAACACCACAGGGUACCUCCUUUACUGCUUUGGAUCAGACGCUUCCCGGGUGUCCGUUCCUCACGUUCGUUGAGUUACCGGGCGCCGAAUCCGCUGAUCCGGUGUCAGAUAUGGAAUAUGAUCUGCGGUGGCUUCGUUGCGUACAGCGCCAUUAUCGAGGCGAGCGGGAACCGAGCGGCUCGAUCAGUCUGGCAGCUUUGCAGCGCGUAUUUGAAAGCACUCGACAGAAGCGAGCGUCCGAGACACCAGCACCGGGAUACGGAAAUGAAACGGCGCCGAAUCCGCAGACAUCGUUUCUCCUGGGUGAGCUCGGUAUCAGUUGGGAGCGGCUCUACAACGUGGAUGGGGUUCAGGCGAAUCCGCAAUAG